AUGGAGAAUAGAAACAGCAGUGCCUCUAGUAGGCCAUUUUCUGUCAAUAACCCGUUUAGAAACGCCACAAUUGAUUCAAGUAUUAACCAAUAUAAAAAUGACUCCCAGUUUCAGGAGUGGGCAAGAAACCAAUCUCGUACCAAUUCAUUUGAUAAGCCACAAUUAAACGCAAGAACAUCAUCACAACUAUCUUUUCCAAACAUUCCCGAGGACGGACUGCAGCGAAAUGCAGAUCAGCAGGGUGUUUUUUAUUCUGGUUUAGAGAGCUUUAGUAGUGGUAGUCUGUCACCUCCUUCGAGACCUCUUUCCUCAAAGAAUCCUUUCCUGGACGAUGAGAGUCCAACAAACGAUUUUCGGAGAUCUCCUCCACUUCCUUCAAAUAAUAAAAGAUAUCCGACCGCUACAGAAGAAAAAGAACAAUUAAGGCAAAAAUAUUUGGAAGAAAGUGACGUAAGUUCAACAAGUAGUACACAAGAAGGUAGAGACCUUCCACCCUCAUACGAAGAGAUCACUUCAACCAAUGGAUCAAGGCGCGCAUAUCCGAAGGAAAAAGGUUCUCGCUCUUCUUCUCACCGUGAACAUAGCAACAGUGGAUCAUAUAUUCCUCGCAGAUCUUCAUCGCACCAUCACCGUGAAGCUUCCUCGUCUUCAACUCCUUCUAAGAAAGGGAAGAGAAAGAGUAAAGUUAUUGUUCCUAAAAACGUCGAUACUAUCGAUAAGUUAGAUGUAACUGGAUUGUUCGGGGGAUCAUUUCAUCACGACGGUCCAUUCGAUGCAGUAACACCUCAUAGGAAUAAAAAUAACAAAGCCGCACCUGUUUUAGCUUUUCCGGUUGAUGGUCCAAACAGUACCAUCGGUGGAGCUUCAACCAAGAAGUCUGCCUUGGAUGAGGUUUUUGGGAGAGAUGAUAUAGAUGAUUCUGAUAUAUAUCAGUACAGUUCGCAGACUCUAAGGAGAGGUGGCGAUACGCAAGACGCAAUAAAAGCAAACGUUGGUAACAUUCAACAAAUGGAUGCCAAAAAUAAGACAGAGUUGGUUCAUGGGCCUGUUACUGCGGGACUAGGUUCCAGCACGUUUUUAGAUGGGGCACCCGCCUCCUCAGCGGCCAUUAGAAGCGACAUAAAAGCGCAUUCCUAUCAUAAUCGUAACGGUGGUAUACAAAGAAAUAAGUCACUUUCUCAACGAUUAGGCCUUGGAGGAUCCAGUGAUAGCAAUGCCCCCAUGACAGGUGUUAGAAGAAACUUGAGUUUAAGCAGAGACAACUAUGAUGUCGGUCACAGUAACGAAGGUGUCAGAAGGUCAAAAACCGUCAACUCUUCUAACAGGACGCAUAAGUCCACUUAUACUAGUGACUUCAACGAUCAGAAUGAUGACAAUAAGGAUGAGGAAGAUGUUUAUCUGGGUGUGCGCUACAAUGAGUCCAAUAUGAAAAAGAAAUCGACAGGUAGCAAAUUACUUAACAGAGUUAAAAGUCUAAAGGUCGGAAGGAAAAGUUAG